AUGGCGGCGCUGUUUCAGCAGCUCUUCACCCGCGAGCAGGGCCUGGGACGGCGCCCCUCCUAUUCCCUGCAGAAGCUGCAGGCGCUGCACGACAGGUUGCAGUCGAUCCUGGAGACCGACGAGUCCGCGGAGGCCGUGGAGGUGAUCCGCUCCAUGACCGAGGCGCUGCUCUGGGGCGAGCAGAACGAUGACAAUGAUCAAUUCUUUGAUUUCUUUUGCGAGAACUGCAUUUUGUCGGAUUUCGUUCAGAUCUUGGGCCGAAACGUGCCCAAGACCGUGAAGGUGCAGUUGCUGCAGAGCCUCUCGAUGUUGAUCCAGAACAUUCGCAGGCCGACGUCGUUGUACUACCUCUUCAGCAACAACUACGUAAACCAACUCAUCGCCACUCAAUUUGACUGGUCCGAUGAGGAGAUUCUUAGUUACUACAUCAGUUUUUUGAAGUCUUUGGCUCUGAGACUAAACCAAGAGACCGUGAAGCAGCUUGGCAACGGAGCGGAUCAAAGGGAUCUGGUGUUCUUCUUCAACGAGCGCUCCCAACAGUUCCCGCUCUUUACGGAGGCGAUCCGUUUCUUCAGUCACCGGGACCAGAUGGUACGAACCUCGGUGCGCAACAUGACGCUGCGCGUCUUCCGCCUGGACGACGAGGCCAUGCAGCGCUUCGUACUACGGGUGGCCAGGCCCUACUUCCAGCGGCUCUCAGAAUAUCUGGCGCUGCUGUGGUGUCAACUGGAGGAAGCCCGUGGCUCCUCCGCGAUGGAAGAAGCCAAUGACGAACAGCAGGAUCUGCUGAUGUGUCCCGAAUGCUGA